GAGCCCCGUAACGUCACAGCAGGCACCAAAGAUGCAGGUCGCCGCAACCUCCAGCGCCAUCAGGGUGCCCUGCGCAUCGUCCCGCGUGUCCAGCAGCCGCUCCAGCCUGGGCAACAUUGCCGGUCUCACCCCCGUUUUCCACGCCAGGCAGAACAGGGCAGCAGUCGUUGUACGUGCCGCAGACAAGCAGCAGGUCAUCCAGCCCAUCAAUGGCGACCCAUUCAUUGGCAUGCUGGAGACCCCAGUGACCUCAUCCCCUCUGGUGGCCGGGUUCCUGUCCAACCUGCCGGCAUACAGGAUCGGCGUGUCCCCGCUCCUGCGCGGCGUUGAGAUCGGCCUCGUGCACGGCUUCCUAGUCACCGGCCCCUUCAUCAAGCUGGGACCCCUGAGGAACAUCCCCGGAGUGGCGGAGCGCGCCGGCUGCCUGUCAGGUGCUGGCCUGGUGGUCAUCCUGGCUGUGGCUCUGACCAUCUACGGCGCGUCCGCGUUCCAGAACGACGCCGGCGCCAUUGGCGUGAAGACCCUGUCCGGCCGCGAGCUCCAGCGCGACCCCCUGCAGACCGCUGAUGGAUGGCAGAAGUUCUCCGCUGGCUGGUUGGUCGGCGGUCUCUCUGGCGUUGCAUGGGCCUGGAUCCUCACACAGACCCUCCCCUACUACUCAUAGAGUGUCGGCCAUCCCUGGCGGCAUUUCUUGAGAGGUAUUGGUCGGUUGACGCAUAGAGAGGAGGUUUUUACCCAUGGAGCAAUUGUUACACGGGCCCCCAAGCCGUGAUUGGAGCGGAGAAGAACAAAUUGGAGUGUUGCAUGGCUUGAUUGCGCAUAUGUAUGUCGUACAUAGAGAGCAGGCGAGAAGAACAUUAAAGGUCUGAAUUGCUGGAUGCAAUGUAAAUCAUGUAGCAUGCUUC